CUCUGUGAACAUGACUGUGUGGUCCUUAAUGGGAACAGCGCUGAUAUUCUCACUCUUCAUUUUCAUCUUCAGCAUGUGGCAAAGGAGAACAUCCACAGAAUUCAGAUCCAAACACCGUCCUGCUGUACCAAGUGUACCAGAGUCCAAAUCCAGCUUCUGUCCAACAGGAACCCGACUACCAGAACCUGAACCUGGACCCAAACCCAGUCCAACAGCACCGCCAGGACCCAGGCCUGGACCCAAACUCCCCACAAGAUCCUCUGUACCAGAGCCUGGACCCAGACUCCAGAACAGACUCUGUGUACCAGAGACUCGGCCAACAGCUGACCCGACAAGACUGUGAAUACCAAAGCCUGGACCUGAAGUCAAAACCAGAUGACUCGGUUUAUCAGAGCCUGGACCCACUCAGCCAGAUCCACUCUACCAGAUGAUAAACGCCUGAGACUGAACUAAACACAUGCAGACACACAAACUCUCUCUCUCUCUCUCUCUCUCUCUCUCUCUCUCUCUCUCCCUCUCCCUCUCCCUCUCCCUCUCCAUACCCAACACUGUAUAUGCUACCAGCAUCCCAGACCAUAUCCAGACAAUGCCACAUAUUCCUUCCUGCAGUUACCAAAAAACACUCCCAGUUCCCCUGAGGCUGCAGUACCCAUAAUCCCCUCCGGAGGUCCAUACGCCAGAUCUCCACCGUCCUCAGUUUCUGAAAAUGGUAUUUUAUCUGGGUACACAAAUCUCCAUCCAGAGCAAUAGAAAGAGAGAGCUUUAUGCCUUAACACUGAAUAUUUUGGUAGCAACACCAAGAUUCAGAUUUCAGGUUUAUUUUUACCUAGGGCCCUAUUUGUAAAAGUAGUAUUGACAAUUUCAUUUUUUUAACAUUGACAAGUGAGUUUAGAUUAUUUAUU